UGCAUAUGGAGAAAUUGGGCGGAUUAGAUACUUCUGCUUCACCAUGACACUAGUAUUCAGCAGCUGAAAGCCAUGUCUGACACCUCAAGGCAGAGGAAGCUGGUCUCCACAACUAGUUUUGGCUAGUCUUCCCCUGCAGCAGCUGAAAGCCAUGUCUGACACCUCAAGGCAGAGGAAGCUGGUCUCCACAGCUAGUUUUGGCUAGUCCUCCCCUGCAGCGGACUCAAAGCUGAAGGAAUGGAGAACUCAUCUCACAUCACUUCGUUCAUACUGGCUGCAUUUGGAGAGAUUGGACAGAUUAGAUACUUCUACUUCACCAUUACUCUAGUAGUAUAUGGUGCCAUCAUUGUUGCAAACUCACUUCUUAUAGCAGUGAUCUCAGUGGAGAGGACCCUGCAUGAGCCCAUGUAUUUCUUUUUGUGUGCUCUGUCUGCAAAUGAAUUGUAUGGAAGCACAGCUCUCUUCCCUUCACUUUUAGUCAACAUUUUGAAAGACAUACAGGAAAUUUCUAAACUGAACUGCUUCCUUCAGAUUUUUUGCUUGCACACGUAUGGAUCUAUCGAGUUUUCAGACUUAGCUGUAAUGGCUUAUGACAGGUAUGUGUCCAUCUGUUACCCAUUGCACUACAGCAGAAUCAUGACUCCUACAAAAGCAUGUGCAUUUCUUAUGCUUAUCUGGGUUUUUAUUCUGGCUAGAUUUGCCGUCACUGUAUUACUAAUAGCACGUCUGCCUUUGUGUGGCAACAUUGUAGAGAAGGUUUAUUGCGACAGCUAUUCCCUUUUCAGACUUGCCUGUACAGAUACUACUGUUAAUAGCGUUUUAGGGCUCCUCACUAUGUUUCUGUCUGUAGGUCUGCCUUUAUUUCUCAUUUUUUAUUCAUAUGCAAAGAUUCUUAGGAUUUGCUUAAAAUCUUCCAGAGAAUCCCAGGUGAAGGCUCUGAACACCUGCAGCUCUCAUUUAGUAUGCCUGGUAAAUUUUUCAGUUGGAUGUCUCUUUGAAAUAAUUCAAAGCAGAUUUAAUAUGAGUAAAAUUCCCUAUGAGGCUCGUAUCCUGCUAUCAGUGUAUUUCUUGAUUCUUCCUCCACUGCUCAAUCCAAUCGUUUAUGGAGUAAGAAUAUCAAAAAUAAGAACAACAUUUACAAAAAUUAUUAUACACAAGAAAAUUAGGUCCUCGCUCUUACAAUAGCAAAACAUGAAAUAUGAACAGAAUUGUAAAAAGAUGACAGAAAA